GUUUCUGUUUCCUGAGAAGUGAACACUGUGAGGAAGCCAGAUCACAGAAACAUGUGAAAUCCAACAUGGUUUCAUGAAGAAGAACUUCAGGAAUAACCGGACUAACCUUGUUUGAUCUAAAAACAAGGAUUUUUCCUUUUUUUUUUUUGCAGUGUGGAAUGUAUUUCAGCAAUGUACACAAAGUACCCCUGAAGCUUUUAGAGUAGUUUGUGAUGAAACUCUAGGUGGAUUCUUGCAACUAAGCACAAGUUCAUGGUUAAAAAAUAAUCAGUCCGGGAGACUUUGAUAUUGUUAUAUCGUUUCACUCGCUGAUUAGACGGCGUGCAACCAGGACACCUUACUAUUAAAAAAAGUAACGGUUACUGUUUAAAGGGAUCAUCUACAAAUCCAUAGAAAAUCCUAUUAGAAGAUCCUACUAUGAGUAAACCAAAGACAUUAAAUGAAUUGAAGCAUCUGAAAAAGUCUGGAUUUGGUCAACGUUAUCCAAGACACGGCCUCAAGCUGCUUUACUGGUUUGCUAAUGACUGUUUGUAUUUUGAUGAGUACAAUAACAUGCGGUGGCAGUACGACCCAGAGGAAGGAGAUUUUGAUUUCCACCUGUUCAGAAACAGAACUGAGAGAAACGGUGAGAAACUCCUGCCUGAUGUGGACCUUGACUACUACGAGGUGGGCAAUCUGAGCAGACCAGAAGCAGAUGACCUGCCAGAUUACGUUCUGGAAGAUUACAACCAAAACCCUGAUCACUGUGAGAGCAACAUGGAGCGCAUCAUAUUCAGUGUAGAUGAUGAGUGUAUUGACAGAGUCUAUGUGACUGAGCACAGUGAUCAGGCAGAUUUCAACAAGGAAGCCACCUUUGGCAUCAGCAGGGGUCUAAUUACGAUUAUCAGGCGGCUGAGGACUUUAGAGGACUUCCUCGAAAAAACUGGAUAUUACACAGAAGAAGAGGACUCCAAUCAGGAACCUGAGUAUUGGCCACCUCAAAAUGUCUUUGCUCCGGUUUUUCAAGGUGUGGUCAGACAAUUUAUUGACCACCAGCAAGUGGAUUCUUCUGAAUUCUACCCUUAUCUGAAUUCUGGAGGUUUAGGACCAGUUGUGGAAGAAGACGAUGAAGAAUCUGAUUCCAGUUUUCUGAAUUACGAACCUAAUAACUGCUGCAAAUGUAUCAUACUUUAAACUCUGUUUAUAAAUGAGUAAUGGUUAAACUCAGACAAAGUGUACAGGUAUUAAAUUAAACGCAGUGAUUUAGUUACUUCUAAGAAAAUCUACAGCUGAUCUCAUCCCUUGUUCUGUCUGUAACCCUUCAUAUCAGUGGUUUAUGUAGUAAGUCCAUGCUGUGACACAGUAUUAGGCAGCAGGGACGAACACAAGGCCAGGUCCUUAUGCCUUAUGAAGAAUGUUCAGGACCAAAAUGAAUGAGCCCUGCAGACACACUGCAUGUACCUUCAAUUCCAUUCCAAAGUGAAAUAUUAAUGUUUUUUUUUCAUUGUUGUUUAAAUUGUUUUGUGAAUAUUUUUUACAAUUGAAAUCAGUUUUAUUAUAUAACUUACUCUCUCUAUCUCUCUCUUUAAUUCAUAGAUCAUUAUAUCAACACAACAAAAACAAUCAUUAAAUUGUUGAAUGGAAAUAUUUACUUAUUAAAUAAGAAGAAAAUGAAGUCAGAUGGUAAUAAAGGCUGUUUACUUCUUGGUCAUACUUUUUUGGGUCCGAGAAACCUGGAAAGCAGCUUGUGUACAUCACAAAAUGAAGCAAUAAACAAAGUAAAAAGCA